ACAUUGGUUUAGUAAUCUCUGAAUCUGGUCAAAGCAACAGACCAAUCGGUGCGUAAUGGGAAUCGCAGAUCACCAGGCAACGUCAAAGCGUAGUACAACGAAAUACUGAAGGCAACAUAUUUUUUGCUAGAUGAUACCUUCGAAACCUUUGACAUAGCAUCAUCGCACACAUACCGUACCACGCCCAAACGCAUCGAUUGAACGCACUGUUGUGAUGUUCUCUGACGAGAGGCUCCAAUUUUGGCACAGCUAUCUGGCAACGAUUUGAGCUUCGCAAAAAGCCUGCUUCAGCCUGGAGGUCGGUUUACAAAGAAUGAUUUCCACUCAUCUAUCACAGGUGAGAAAAAGUGCAAUUCUUCAAACGGUGGACAACAAGAAAUUCCAAAGCUACCUAACAAAAACAUCAUCGUUUCAACACGCACCACCGAAAUAAUAAUCGUUAACGUCAAAAGGCACUCUGUUCGUUCGGGUGCCGUUCAACUAGUCAGGUAUUUGUACAUAAGUUGAACGUCAAGUCUAACUGUGUGUGCCGUCGAAUCUGUCUUCUCUGUAAAACAUGUGGAAAACACGACUAUCGUCAUUUGUGCUUGGAUCAAAGACAUUUCUUGUAGUUUUUCCUAUUUUUCACUUAUUGUGCUCCUUCUGUGCAUCGGAAAAGCAAACAUCAACUGGUGUGCUCAAAAAUGCGACCCUGACAUCCACAACGGCAUUGAAUCGCCCGUCGGAAAGUCUACCAGUAGAUCGAGAUAUUCAGGACUCUGCCACUUUGGACAUGGAGUUGAACGCAGAGGCAGUUGUUCAAAAAUUUCCAGAGACUGCAAUUAUCUCUUCUUGGAAAUUAACAGACUAUCGAGUUUUGUACAUAGAAGAUCUGUUACAGAACAACGUGGGUGCAACUUUCUACGAUGCACGAAUCAGCAACUACACACAAUUUGUCUUCCUUCCGAAGCAGCUUGCAAUAUUUGUUGUGGGAAACACAGCAACUAUUCUCAAGUUGGACAUGACAUCAUUCUUCUUGAUGGAUAGUUUUACGCUACCACAACCCACAAAACCGAAUAUUGCCUGCCGCGAUCCGAAGAAUUGUAAAGAAGCAACAGAAAUAAGCCUAUUGGCUAUGAUGCCGAACGAACACAUGGUAUGGUUUUGCUACGUUCAUCAUUUCCAGUACUUGAACCGACCGCCUCAGCAUGUGGAAAGUCGAUGUAUGGUGCCACAAGUUGGCAAUCUUGCCGAAGCUCUCGUUCAAUGGGAGAAUCCACAUUUCAACUCGCUUGACCCAAGACAGUCGGCGAGCAUUUUGAACGCGGCUGAUGGAUACACAUAUAUUUCAGCGUUUGCUCCAGACUACGUGCGAAUAUUUCGAGCCCACAUGCCUGACUGGAAUGGCCGGGUGAACUGGACCGGAGCAUUGGUGACGGACAAAAGUCGUGUUUUUAUUUCAGAGCCAGCCACCGUGUUGCUAACAUUCGAGACAGAAAACGAAGUAUAUUUUGUGCUCCGCGAAGAGUCCGCGGCGUCCAAAUCAAGAUGCAUCCAGGCGUGUGACAACAAGGGGAAUGCUGGAAUGUUCGAGGGUAGUGUGUCAGAUGUAGCACGGCUGGUCCGAAUAUGCAAGGGAGAUCGCGGUGGACUGCCGCAUGUGAGCGCUGAGAACUUCGGUACGUUCGCGAAGUCGGACCUGCAGUGCCAGGCCGCAGACCGGGAUGGAAAUUACUACACCUACACCCACAUAUCUAAAGCAUACUGGGACAAUUCUACACAAAGACUGUACGCAGUGUUCACGACGGAGAAAUGGGCUCCCAUGGGUAGUGCUCUUUGCGUUUAUACCAAGCAUAACAUUCAGUCUUCUUUUGAUGGUCCUUUGUUGGAGUCAAGCGCAGUGGACACAUCUCUGCCACCCACACCUGUCCCAAACUCCUUCGUCAACAUUUGCCAGCGUUUCAACUCCAUGAACUUGACAAUGGAAGAACUGGAUUUUGGACGCCGCUUAUCUCUCAGAUAUCCCAAUCGGUACGAGGCCGUUUAUCCACUGUACAGGAGGGCUUUGUUUGUUCAAACUGGCAUACUGUGGAUCCAUCUUCAAGUUUACGACUUGCCGCCGCUACCAACAUACUUCCAUUUUGGCAACCCUGCAAGAACAACUAUCAUUUGGUUGGGAUCAAAGAGAAGUCUGGAUAAGAUUGUAGUCUACCAGCCAACCAAUUCCAUGGACGCAGAUAACUCACUACCGGUUGUGUGCAAACUGAAUGAAGUCCACAUCGGUCGGUCGCUCAACAUCCUAAAACAACCUUUCGAUGCAAACGAUCAACAGAAACAACAUCAGGAACGUAUUAGGAGUCAUAAGGGACGCCAAUAUCUCAAACGGAGCGCUAAGGAGUUAUACUUGAAAUUUUGGAGACUAAACUCUCAAAGUAGCGAAAUUCCAACAGCAAAAGAACCGGCAGAGGAAAUUCGUGAAGUAAAAGUUUUGUUCCCUAGACUGUUUGUCAUUACUGAUCGACAAAUCCUCUGGUUGCCCCUCACCGACUGUUCACGUUCAACCGGGUUCGAAGAAUGUCUUGAGUCCAAAGACCCCCACUGUGGCUGGAGUUGGCGGGAUGGACAAUGUAUGAAUGGAUACGAUGAGCGUAAUACACACACGGCGAGUUGGUUCAACACAUUCUCACCAUCCGUUGAUAGAAGACGCGUGGAGAAAACCCAGUGUCCAUUGGAAAGGCCCACAAAACAUCAGAAGGAUACGGCGUGGUCACCAUGGUAUCGGUGUCGUUGGUUGGAUGUGCAAGGCGAUCCAUCAAAUGCGAACAGCGACACUGAAUCUCCAAUACGCACUUUUUCCAGACCACUGGGUUAUUGUCAGUGUCGUGUUUGUCUUAGCCAAUUGGAAUGCAUCCUUGGGACGCAGGAAGUGAUCAACUGUACACGUUCCGAGAGAAACUGGCUUGAUUGGUCAGUAUGGUCACCUUGUGAUUUGAAGACGGGUGUUCAGACACGCGAGCGUCGAUGCCGUCCAAAUGCCAUAUGUGUUGGAAGCAGUCGAGAACAACGAUUCUGUUCUGAGAUAUCAGUCUGGUCUAAUUCAUUUCAGGAUAACAAAAUGUCAGACAAACUUUCCUUCUCUCCGCAAGCACGAAUCAAACCCGCCACAAUAAUGGCGAAUCUGAACGGAGAUUCAUUCAGUGUGGCCUAUGUGAUACUCAUCGCUCUCUGUUGUCUGCUUAUCGGAGUUUUCAUCGCUUCCUUUGUGUUUUGUCUUUUUCCACGGUUUAGUCACAUUUGCAGACCAGACGGGUAUAAUCGCUGUACCAUAGAACAGACCUGUAAACACCCUUUGCAUGUUUCCCGGCUAACUUCGGAAUGGAGCAAUAAAGCACCCAACCCAGCAAACAAGUGUUGGAACGAAGUUGAGACUGAUAAAGUCAACUGGAUUGAAAAACCUCUGAACAACUGCGGUCAAUCCUUGGAUCCAGAAGCAAGAUACCAAGCACUCUUGGGAAACCCGCCAGGUGGAAACAAACUGGAACGUUCUGACAGUAAACGAACGGGUUUUAGUAGGAGGUUUACGGCUUCUCAGCAACCACUCCUCUCGGGCUCACCAGUUCCUUCUCCAAUCUCCAUUCCAAGCGGUCUGUCCACGGCGUCGAUGUGUGUUCGGGAUAAAUUCACUUUUGAACACUUGACAGAUCCACCCGAAGAUCCGAAAGCAUCACUUACGCAACCUCCGUCACUGGUUUUGGAUCUCAAGCACACAAAUUCACCGACCACUUGUAUGAGCAAAUAUUGCACUACUUCGGGCCAUUGUGAAUCCGCUGAAAAUUCAUCAGUAGAACGCUCGCUCAACACACCUCACUGUGCACGAAACAGCCUUGUGUGUGGUGAACAGAGACAUGAAAACAACUAACACCCUAACACCUCAGCAGGUCACUGUGUCAACACUUUUGUUGGCAGUGUGCCCAAUCUGCCAAAAAUUAAAUCCAUUUGUUUGAAUACUGGCUACCCGAGCCCUGUUGCCAUAUUUUUCGCGUAUGUGUACGAGUUUCUGCCAUUUUGAAACUCAAACGCGCCUUGCGAAUAUUCUGUAUAGCUCUCCAUUUUAUUAUAAAAAAAUCAUCUAUCGUUAUGAAAACCGCAUGAAUACAUGGUACCAAACCGUGGUCUAUACCAAAUCUAACGUUACGAAACACACGCAUGCAAAACUGGAUAUUCUGGAAAAUAUAUGUCAUAAUAAAAUUAAAC